AUGGCCAAGGACCACGACGACCUCAGCCCGGCGGCACUGCCGGAGCUCAACCACCGAGCCGAAUCAUAUGAACGAUCAGAUGACGAGAAGAAGAUCUACGGCGACGACAAGGACGACUCUCGCGCCGGUGCCAACGUCGUCAUCGAGCCUGCCGAGCAGGACCAUCUCGCCGAUGUUUUGGCCAUGGAGGAGAGGAUCCAGAAGGGUACCGCGACGAAAGAGGAAUACGCAAUUCGAAACAACCACGAUGUAGCAAUCAAGGUCUUGUCCACCUACGACGAUGAAACCCUCCCUGCCAUCACCUUCCGAUCCCUCUUCCUCGGUCUCGGCUUUUCCUGUUUCGGAGCCGUGUUGGCUCAAAUCUACUACUUCAAGCCUCAAACCAUCAACGUCUCGCAAUCCUUCCUCUUGAUCAUGACCUACUUUAUCGGUGAAGCCAUGGCCAAGUUCUUGCCUUCCAGGGGAGUCUUCCGAUACAUCAAUCCCGGACCAUGGAACAUCAAGGAGCACGGUUUCACUCUGAUCAUGUGCAGUACCGCUGCCGGGUCUGCCAUUGCUAUUCAAGUCAUCUCGGUACAAGAUCUGUUCUACGACAACAAGAUGAACGCUGGAGUCGCCAUCUUCACCUUGCUCGCUUCGCAACUGAUCGGGUACGGUAUGGCCGGGAUGUUGACCGACCUCACCGUCAAGCCGUCCUACUCGAUCUUCCCUGCGAAGAUCUCGCUCGCCAACACUUUCCAGGCCUUGCACUUUGACGGCGGUCUCGGAACCAAGCGAACCAAGUUCUUCUGGGGAGUUUUCGCCUUUAUGUUUGUUUACGAGAUCCUUCCCCAAUGGAUCUUCCCCUUGAUGUCGGCCGUCUCGAUCAUCUGCUUGAUCAACCACACCAGCCCCGUCCUUCGAAACGUCUUCGGGGGUGGUUCCAACAACGAGGGUAUGGGUCUGCUCAGCUGGAGUUUCGACUGGAACUACAUCGGUUCCGACUGCUUGUACCUGCCUUUGGAGAUGCAGUUGAACAAGGACAUUGGUAUCUUGAUCACCUACGUCGGAAUGGCCGGUGUCUACUACGGAAACGCCUGGAAUGGUCUCGACUUCCCCUUCAUGUCGCAGUCCAUCUUUGACACUGAGGGAUACAAGUACAACCAGACCGCGCUCUUGACCGACGGUAAAUUCGACCAGGCCAAGUACGAUGUCAUCGGACCCGCCCGAUUCAGUGCUACCAACGCCUUGUUCUUGAUGGUCAACAACUUGAGUAUCGGUGCUGCCCUCGUCCAUGUCGCCCUUUGGCACCACCAGGACAUCUCGAUCCUCUUCAAGGGCCUCUCCUUUGGCGGCGUCAAGGCCCGUUUCACCAACGGUUGGCGAUACUUCUUGUGGGGAUCCGGCGAGGAAGACAACAGCAACGUCACCGACGAGCACUACCUCCAGAUGCUCAAGUACAAGCCUAUUCCCCGAUGGUGGUUCACCCUCAUCUUGGUCGGAGCUUUCGCCAUGGCUCAGGCUACCAACUAUGCCGGUCACUCCGGUACUCCUUGGUGGACCUUGAUCAUCAUCCUCCUCAUCGCUUUUGUCUUUACCACCGUCUACGCCUUCCUCGCCGGUGUCCUCGGAUUCGGUCAGUUCGUCUCUGGAGGAACAGGUCUUUACCAGUUGCUCGCCGCCUACAUGCUUCCCGGUGAGCCUGUGGCCAACAUGUACGCCGCCAUGUACGGAAACAACCCUCAGGUCCAGGCCAUCGACUUGUUGCAAGACUUGAAGUUGGGUGUCUACUUGAAGAUUCCCCCCAGGCACACCUUCUUGGCCCAGAUGUUGGGUACCAUCGUCGGUGCCAUCCUCAACUACGUCAUGGCCAUCUCGAUCUUGACCGAGCAGAGGGAGGUCUUGUUGAGCAUCAGUGGUAACAGGAUCUGGUCGGGUCAAAACGCCCAAUCGUACAACUCUACCGCCAUCGCCUGGGGAGCUCUCGGCCCUCAGAUGUUCGGCGCUGGCAAGCUCUACGUCCUCGUCCCCGCCUCGCUCGGUAUCGGUCUCCUCCUCCCCGUUCCCUUCUACCUCGCCUGGAGGUUCCUUCCCGCUCAGUUCAAGAAGACCAGGACCGCGUUCAAGAAGCUCAACACGGCCAUCAUCUGCCAGUACUCUUGUUACAUGUCGGUCGGAAUCAACUCCUCCGUCAUGCCUUCGAUGGUUAUUGGAGUGUUCUCGCAGUGGUUCGUCAGGAAGAGGUACCCGAGGGCGUUCACCAAGUACAACUACUUGUUGGCCGGUGCCUUGGACGGUGGUACCCAGGUCAUCUCCUUCAUCCUCAACUUUGCCGUCUUCGGUGCCGCCGGUCACCCUACCGACUUCCCCGAAUGGUGGGGUAACGACCUCUCGUUGUCGACGGAUAGGUGUUUGCGACCCCCCGUGGGUAAGACCAGGGACGCCGCCGAGUAG